AGACAAGCUCCCCGUUUGAGGAUCAUUCAGUAGCUUUCCAACAUUGACGCCGUAGAACAAGUGCCAGAAACAUGACUAAAAUUUUAAUAAUUGCAACCGUAUUUUGUGCAGCAUUAACUGCUGCUUACGACUUCAAGGAUACAGCAUUCAAUGAAGUAAUCCUCAAGGAUCUGCUUGAUCUCACCGAUGGAAGUGAUAGCUCAGUCCUUCAUAGAAUCGCACGAGCUGCUGAAGGUGCGGCCGACGGUGAGGAAUGCAAAGGAAGGAAAAAGGAUCGCGGUGUGCAUUGCUGUACCGACAAAAUCGACCCCAAACAAUUAGAAUCCAUUAAAGCAGCUAAAAAGGAAUGUCUCGCUGAGCUCCAUGGAAACGAUUCCGACGUCUACUUCAAAUUCGAUCCAUUCACUUGCGAGAAACUGGAAGAGCUGAAAAAGGACGUAACUUGCGUUGCUGAGUGUGUCGGCAAAAAGUUCGGAGUACUCGACGAGGCUGGCAAUGUCAAACAUGAUGUGUUCCUGGCUCACUUGAAGACGAAGGUGCAGGACUCUGAAUGGAAACUGAAAGUUAGCGAUAGUAUUGCGGAAAAGUGCAUUGAGGAAACUAAGAAGGAGGUUGAAGGACAUAUUGCAAAGCGCGAUGUGACUAGCCAGAAGGCAUGCAACCCAACUUCAUUGAAAAUCAGCCAAUGCUUAUGGCGCGAAUAUGUAAGGGCUUGCCCGAAGGAUCUUCAAGUUGAUUCGCCCAAGUGCAAUAAGUUGCGGGAGAAAAUUGAAAAAGGUGACGCCGUUAGCUACAAAGGAUUCUAUUUAAGGCAUUUGAAUGAUGAUAAGUGAUAACAUUAGAUUUAGUAAGAGCUGCUCAAACAUUACAAUGAUUUCAUAAAAUUUUAAAUAAAUAAUGAUCUUAGUGAUAAUGAAAGAUUUUAAGAAGGAUGAAUACUGAAUUGUGAAGUUUAUUCGCGCAGACUA